AUUGAAGUUUUGCUGUGAUGUCUUCAUUGAAAUUAGAGCCAACCUUACUGCACAUUUGAGCCAAAAAACAACUUAUAGAUCUCAAUUUGAUAUUAAAUAAAGGAGGAAAACUAAUCCCAGAAUGCCUACUGCAUUUAGCCUGCGUCAUGCAGGCUGUUACAGCAUUUAUGUGCUAUUUCUGCUGUUAUUUGCAUACCUCCUGAAUCAGCUUGAUCGCUAUACACUGCCUAUAGUAACCAAGCCUAUGGCACAGGAACUUCAUUAUGGAGAUAAAGUCUGCAUGCAAAAUUCCUCUGCAGGAUCUGAUGUGCAAUGCACCAACAAAACAGUUGAAUCUGAACAACAAUGUGUAAAACUGACCAACAUCAAUGGCACCCAUGUAUGUGAAUGGAACUACAAUGGUCAGGGUAUUGAGUAUCAGGUUAUAGCAGGCCCUAUAUUCAUAGUCAUCUACACGUUCAUGGGGAUCUUCCUAGGGAUUGCCGCCGACCAUCUCAAUAGGAAGAAUCUGCUUGCUGGUUGCCUUGUGUUCUGGUCUAUCAUGACCCUUGUCACUGGCUUCUCUUCAGAGUUUUGGCAUCUUGCAGUACUCCGAUUUGGACUGGGCAUAGGAGAGGCAGGAUGUACGCCAUUCGCAACAUCAAUCAUUGCAGACUAUUUUCCCCCAGAGCUGAGGGGUGCUGCCCUGGGUGUGUACAACUGGGGCAUAUAUACAGGGUACAGCAUGUCAUUUGCUCUUGGAAAUCUCAUCAUUGAUGCCAAUAUAUUAGGACAGGGAUGGAGAUGGGUAUUCUUCAUAAGUGGAAUACCAGGAAUCAUACUCGGGGCUGUUAUAUUCUUCACUCUCAAGGAGCCAGAAAGAACAGGACAGAAACAGAAUGAAACAAAAUAUGUGGAUGUACCUCUAUCCUGGAAGGAAAAAAUUGCAUUCAUUGUAAAACCAUUUAUCCGUCCAUCUCUCCUGUUGUUAUGUCUAGCAGGGUCAAUAAGAAACGCAGGUGGCUAUGUGUGGGCCUACAACACUCAGCCUUACUUUGAGAGCAUCCACCAGACUAGGGACCAGAUAGCUAAGUUCAUGUCCUGGAUACCUUUAAUUGGGGGAUCCUUAGGGGCCGUCCUGGGAGGGUUCAUUUCAGACAGGGUAGUCACCAGAAGGGGCCCCACAGCCAGGAUAAUGGUCUUGGUGAUAAGUCAGCUUGUUGCUGCACCAUUUGCUGCUGGAGCAUUGUUCUUAAAUCCCCCAUGGUGUUAUAUAAGCCUCAUUCCUGCCAAUAUUGUCGGAGAGAUGUGGGUUGGAGUUACACUGGCAGUAGUCAUAGAGUUAGUCCCCUGGUCUGUGCGAACAGGGGCCAUAGCAUUCUACUUGUUUAUUAUCAGCAAUAUUGGUGGUAAUGUCCCUCUACUAGUGCCACCUAUACAGAAAGCCUUCCAGAACCUUGGCUACACCUAUACACCUGCACUUAGAGGUGCUCUGUACAUACUUUACCCAGGCCUGUAUGUAUUAUCUGCCCUGUUGUUCCUGGUCACACUGUGUGUUAUCAAGAGAGACAUCAGGAAAGCACAGGAGGAGGGGAAAGAUUAUGUUCCUGUUGUGGAAGAGACUGAAGGAGAGACCUAACUUAAUGAGAGAGACAACUCCAUGAGACAAUCAACUCAAUGAGAUACCUGCAAUUUGUAACACUUACAGAUAUUCUAAUUCCUAAAGCAAGUCUUACAUCAAGUCCCUGCCCCCACCCCUCCCCAUCUAUCUACUUCAUUUCCUUCAUGGAGUUGAGGUGUGAGAGGGAUCACAAAGGCUUGAAGCAAGACUAUUCUGGAUGACAUUUUUACCAAUUUGCAAAUUAAUCGGAUAAAGACCAACUGAAGCUUUAUAGUGAUUUUCAUUGUAUUUGUGCAAGGAAGUGCGACAACCAGUUAGAAAUUUGAGAAGUACUUGCCACCUUGUGGAAAAUCUGUUUGAACCCU